AUUUCGCUCAACUUAGGUUAUAUUUCAAAACACAACCAAUUUGUUCAAAUUCAUUACCUUGCCACCACACUACGAACCAAACCGGGAUGUCAUCACUGGACUACUCCGAAGCGCUUUGCACCCAUGACAGGAACGUCCACCGCUGCAAAGCCUGUCCAUACUUUACAACUUCGUUCUUCCUCAUGCUCAACCACCUCAAACUCCACAAGUCUCUGACAACCCCCUUCAACUGCGAAAGCAGCCAAAUCGAAAGCUACACUUGCAACGACUGCAACUCCCAAACAGAACUCACAGUCCUUUUGAAACUGCACGUCGCUAGAUACCACAACGUUAAAACCGAAGACCGAAAUUCACCAAACUUGAACUUCACCAUCCACAAAUACGUGUGCGAAAGGUGCAACUUUGAGACAAAUUUCGCCCUCAAGUGGUUCCAGCACAUUUUAACUUGUUCAGCGGACAAACAAACAGUUCAAAAUGAGAGUGUCACAGAGGUUGUUUUUUGCCACUAUUGUGAUAAGUGCGACUUCAGGUCCAAGUACAAGCACUGUCUCCGACGCCACAAAUACUUGAAGCAUUUAAACGACGACGAAAUCGCUUGGUUUCACUGCCUGAAGUGUCCGUACAAGUGUAAACGAAUUUGUAACUUACGAGCGCACGUCGAUCGUAAGCACGAAGGUAAAAAGUGCGCGAAAACGCAAUCAAGCGUCUUGAAAAAUAUCAAAUGGUAUGAUUGUGAAAAGUGUCCGUAUAAAGCUAAACACAAAUCGACUUUAAAAAGUCACAUAAACGCACGACAUUUGGACGAGGAAGACGUUAAAUGGCACGAGUGUGACCGGUGUCCUUUUAAAAGUAAACACAAAUCGUCGUUGAUCACCCACGUGAAUCACAACCAUUUGGAUAAAGAGGACAUCAAGUGGUAUGAAUGCAAAAAGUGUCCCUAUAAAGCUAAGUUAAAAACGACGCUUAAAUACCACGUGAGUGCGCAACACCUAGACGAACAAGACAUCGAGUGGUACAAAUGUGAAAAGUGUCCGUUUAAAACCAAGAAGAAGAGUUAUUUGAAGAGACACGUGAACGUGCGGCACUUGGACGAAAAGAACGCUAAGUGGUACGAAUGCGUCAGUUGUCCGUACAAAACUAAGGACAGUUUGAAUUUGAGGAGACACAUAAACGCGCAUCAUUUGGAACAACAGAACGUUAAGUGGUACAAGUGCAAAAAUUGUUCGUUCAAGAGUAAACAGAAUUCGAAUUUAAAACAACACGUGAAGUUUCACCAUUUGGAUGAGAAGGAGAUUGAGUGGUACGAGUGUGACAAGUGCACUUUUAAAACUAAGAAGAAAAGUUAUUUGAAAAGUCAUAUAAAUGUGCGGCAUUUGGGCGAAGCUGAUGUUAAAUGGUACGAAUGCAAAAGGUGUUCGUUCAAAAGUAAAUACAACUCGUCGUUACAUAAUCACAUAAGUAAGCAUUGUUCGAAGUAGGAGGAGUUUGUGGGUUGUUCUUUAAUAAAUGAAUAAAAUUAUUAAAUUGAUUUG